ACAACACGUGGAAUCUUGCGAAACAACAUGGCAGUCUAGAGUGUCAUGAAAUGUGUGUUGUUUUUGUUGGGAAUUUUAAACGGCCGAAUCCUAUUAAAAGCCAGAAAUAAUGGGAAAAACUAAAGCAAAGAAACGGUCUUCAUUUCGAUACAGACCUACCGGUUUGCCAAGCGUUAAAGAAGCGCAAAUCGAAGCUCAAGAAAGUGCUGGCACGAUUGGGGCUAAAACCUUACCUCUUGUUGAAAAGCUGACAAGUGCAAUUCCAACUGAACGAGAGUGCGCGUGUGCUGGCCUGGCCAACCUGGUGUUUGAUCGUGGAGCCAUUCCUGCCCUUCUACAACAAGAUGUUGUGCGAAGGCUAGGCCCACUGCUCAUUGAUGAUAAUAGAGGGAUUCAGGAAGGUGCUGCAGGAACUUUGAGGAAUUUAAGUCUUGGCGGAGGUCCUGAUGUAUGUAUUAAAAUGGUGGAACAAGAUGUGAUGACUCCACUUGGCACAUUUGUGCAACAGUCUCUUGAUGCCUUGGGUGCUAUUGAUGAGUGUCCAGGCAAUUCAGAGUUUAAAAGACAAUCAACGAGCUUGGCAAUUCAGGCUGUGAGCUUACUGUGGAAUCUUUGUGAAAGCAGUGAUGUAGCAGUGGAUGUUUUCAAUAAACAGGGCCUUUUGCCAUAUCUUGUCUCGAGUCUGAAGACUGACAUUUACCCUAAAACUGUUGCAAUUCCUGCAGCCCAGUGUCUCCACACUGUCACUGAAGACAAUGCCUCAGCUGCUCAGCUUCUGUGUGGCUCCAGUGACAUGAUGAAAACUCUUGAGAAGUCUCUAAUGGCUGAUGGCACAUCUAGCGACAUGCUACUGCUGAAAGUUUUGACUGCAGGUGUGUUAUACAAUAUUCGCUACACUAUCCCAGUCUGUAGUUUUAAUGAGCUUCUGCAAGCAGUUGUUAAAGUCUUGGCUCACGUUCUUGAUGUGAACUGUUUUGAUGUCAUCAGCAAACUUCUUCCAGAACCCACCAAGAUAGAAGAUGUCCAGAUGCUACUGAAUGCUCAGCAGUUGGCUUUAGAAAUUCUCUCAAACAUGUGUUGCCCUGAUGAUGUCAGUGAAGAUGAAUGGCAAGAUGUGGAUGAUUGCGCCAGCGUAGACUCUGUUGAAGAUGAAGCAGAGGAAGAAGAAGCCCAACAGGAUGUCGAUAUGAGUCCAGAAAGUUUGUCAGCCGAAAUGAUCAAUGCUAUCGUCACACAAGGAGUUCCGAAACGGGUUCUUUGCAAGAGUUCGUUCGGUGAAGCAAGCAUUUACGAAGCCCUGAAGGAGCAUGCGGAUGGAAAGAAGCUGUUAGAAAUUCUUAGUAUAGUACAAGCAAGGGCUUUGAUUUGCCUGAACAACAUAGUAUCAGCCUUGGAUACAGACCUUUUGGGAGGAGAAGAAGCUCUAGGGCAACUCUGGAGUUCGCUUUUCUCUCUCACGUUUGCCACAGAAAGCAAAGGUUUUGUUUGUGACGAGGAAGACUUUCUCGAAGCUGCGACUGGAGUUCUUAGAUCAAUCAUGGACAAAUUAGUCUCUUUACAAGAGCCGCAAUGUAUAACAGCUGAGCACGUGACCAUGUUGUGCCGAUUCACUGCAGUGACGUCAUGUGAAGCUGUCAAAGUCAAGCUGAUCAGCAUUCUGGGAUUCAUCGGCAAGAUGGCCGCCAAAAAAGACAACACGCUGGAAGUUCUAAAGUCAUUGGGUACCGUUUUGCGUGACAUUAUCGUCGAUCAGAACAGUUUAUGGGUGAUUAGCGAGGCCCUGGACGCCAUAUUCGAUACAUUUGCCGACGGUCCGCUGGUCAACACUGCCGCAGACUCGAUUGGCCUCCUGAUGAACCUGCAACAGUUGGUACCAGUCCUCAAAUCCAGGAUAAAAAGCGAGCGGAGGACACUAGGAGACCAUUUCCCUGUGGUGGACGCUGCGAGGGUAAACCUGACCAGGUUCAUCAAAUACAAAAUGAAGGGCCACCAGCUAUGUCGCACGAACAGUCCGCUUGUUUUCUCCGCGAAUCCGGCUCAAGGCAGGUGAUAUUCAGCUGCCUUAUUCCAUUACAAUCGUGCGGUACUGUGUAGUGAUCCUGCCGACGGCUGCUCUCAAACCGGUUAAGCCUGUAUCGAUCACUUGUUUAACCUGUAUGAAAAGUGAGACAAGUGCAGGAGUCUGAACUCAUGUUGGAAGUAAGACAAGAGGUUGUCUUACCUGUACAAAAACCGGCUUAAAAGACCAGAGCCUUAUUCGGUUAACAUCACUCAGCAAUAUAUCGUUUUAAUCAAGUUUUGACUUUUAAUCUUUAAACACACUGGGAGUGAAAAAGAGAAGAUACAGAAAAAAAAAAUAAGAGAAAGAAGUUCCGUAAGAAGGGUUACUGCAACCCCGUUAUAGAAAUAAUUUUCCACUAAAUUAAUAAGUGAUUUUCUUAUGCCAGAAUACCUAAGUCGCGGCGAUCCGUGACUUAGAUUCGUGUACAUCAGACUGACAGGAUCAAGGUAAUUAACGAUAAUUCAUACAGACAAACCCACCAGUAUGAGACGCUGUCUCCGAUGUUUUCUGUCUGUGACAGAGUGGUGGUGGUGGGGUUCAACUGUUGCUGAUAUGAAACGUAUCUUUCUUGUGUCGCAUGGAAAGAUAAGAGUGCAUAGGAACCCAACAUAAAGCCUCUCGCUUACUUUUAUUUCUGGAAUGUACGAAUCAUUUUUACUCUUAACGGUCGAUUUUGAAAAUGGGAUAUACACCUCAAUAUGCCAUGAAGUAAGUUAAGGUGGUUUCCUUACUAGAGCGAGUUUCAAUAUUGAGUGUAGUUUAACCAAAACCAAAGUAAUCACUUUGGCCAAUGUCAAAGGGCACAGGGAAUCCAGGAAACAAAUCAAAACUGACUCGAAGCAAAUAUAUUUAGCUGGCACAAAGCACGGGAAAACGCUCUGCAAGUGACUGAAGUGAGUCACGGUUGGUUUUGGUUUUACCUCUGAUUGGAUGGCAAAGUGGCGCAAAUAAAAUGCGAAUUAGUUUGGACACCUAACCAAAAAAGCGCAGAUUUACUGUGUGUUUGAUUUAAUUCAAGGGGAAAAAUGUUUUUCCUGCAAUAGGUAGGAAACCAAUCAAAUGCAAACUGAUAAACCAAACGUGACGUGACUCAGGUCACUUCACGCGCUUUCCACUGAUCCGUGUUUUUGCUUUGAUGUCUGAUUGGCUUACUGGUUUAUCCAUUCCGCGCUUUCCGUGCGAGUUGUAAGCCGUAAGUCAACUGCUGUACAUAUUAUCUUUAUUUAAUGACUGUAAUAAAUUGUCGAUACAUUC